AUGGAAUCACUACCCGGGGUACGAAGAUCUCGACCAUCUUCAAGCAAAGAAACACCUUCUCGCUCAAGUCAACCCAAUUCCAACCGUUCACUUUCUCGUACUACCUCUUCUACCCCUCACCCAAGUGCUGUACAAGAUGUUCUUACAAGACCAGGCACUUCUGCCAAUCAGUUCUCAUCCGCGUCGCUCACAGGUAGUCGCUCUGCGACGAGCUCGUCGCGUAUCCCAAGACAGCAUCGUCAGAGCAGCACUGCAUCAGGACGUAAGUCUCGCUCAACCUCAUCUGUUUGGGGCUCCGAGUCACAUGAAGUCAUUUGCGCAGUGACUGAGUCUCGUGGUGUAUCCCCUACCGUUGGUCUGGCUUUCAUCAAUAUCACCACGAAUGAAGCUAUACUAAGUCAAAUUUGUGACUCCCAAUUCUACGUCAAGACCGUUCAUAAAAUCCAGAUGUAUGAACCAUCUACGAUUUUACUAGUGAACACGGCAUUUCCCCCUAACCCCAAGUCUAGCCUUCUCUCCAUCAUCGAAGAAGAACUUCCGGACACACUAAUUGAGCCUCUUGAUCGUAAGUACUGGUCGGAGAAUGCAGGCCUUGAGUCCAUCCAAACUCUAGCAUUCAGAGAAGAUUUGGAAGCUAUUCAGGUGGCAAUUGAGGGCAAUUUCUACGCAACUUGCUCGUUCGCCGCUGCCGUCAAGUAUGUAGAGCUCUCUUGCCGUGUAUCGAUAAUGUCCCAUUCGCUUCGGGUCAAAUAUCAACCAUCAGAGAAUACGAUGAUGAUCGAUAUAUCCACCAUUCACUCCCUUGAACUUAUACAGAACUUACAGAAUGCGAAAUCUAAGGAUUGUCUCUUCGGGCUCCUAAACGAAACACUCACUCCUAUGGGCUCGAGAAUGCUGCGAAGCAAUAUUCUUCAGCCGUCAUGUCAGGUUGACAGUACGCUUGUUCCACGUUAUGACGCUCUAGAUGAGCUUACCGUGAAGGAAGACAUGUUCUUCGAAAUUCGCAAAGCUCUGAAAGGUUUUGUGGACAUUGAGAAGCUAUUGACGAUGCUUGUCAUCGUGCCAAACCAAGCCUCGAUAUAUGCCUCGGAGCAAGCCAUUAACAAUAUUCUAGGCGUUAAAUCUUUUCUCACUACUGUCCCUUCUAUAUAUGAGGCGUUGGCUACUGCACGUACAGACCUUCUGACAAGGAUCCGUGAAAUAUGCCGCCCAGAACUCACUCAACCUGUCACAGGUCUUAUUGCAGCUACAAUCAACGAGGAUGUCACAGCAAUAAAGUCACCACUUGAUAUGAGGAACCAAAGGACAUAUGCUGUCAAAUCGGGAGUCCACGGGCUAUUGGAUGUUGCUCGUCAAACAUACAAGGAGGCAACAGAGGAUGUCCACCAACAUGUUGAAGACAUAAACAGGGAGCAUGAAAUCAAUGCAGAGCUUAAAUUCGAUACCAAUCGAAAAUAUUGGUUGCGAUUGAGACAGACCGACUUCGAAGAUCGCGCUGUCCCAGAUAUACUAAUCAACACAGUCCGGAAGGGCGUUUGGAUUGAGUGCCAAACAUUAAUACUAAUCCAACUAAAUCACCGCAUCACGGAUUCUCACAAUGAAGCGAUCAUGCUUAGCGACAAAGUUGUCCAAGAACUUCUAGACGCCAUUCGAGUGCACGUACCAAACCUCUUCCGUGUCUGCGAAGGCAUUGCCCUACUAGAUAUGAUCGCGGCUUUUGGGCAGUCCGCUACUACUAGAGACUACUCAAGGCCUGAAAUUGGUCAUGCAUUGGCCCUCAAAGGCGCAAGGCAUCCUAUUUGCGAACGUGCUAACCCGGAACGAUUUGUUCCUAAUGAUGUCUUCGCUAAUGAGCAGCAUCGAUUUCAGAUCAUCACAGGUUGCAACAUGAGCGGUAAAAGCACUUAUAUCAGAAUGAUUUCGCUUCUCCAAGUAAUGGCACAGGUGGGUUGUUUUGUACCCGCCCAGUAUGCGGCGUUCCCGGUGAUCCAACAACUCUUCGUGCGGAUGUCUACAGAUGAUAGUAUUGAGGCCAACAUGUCAACAUUUUCACUUGAGAUGCGAGAAAUGGCUUUUAUACUAAGGAACAUAAAUGGGAAGAGUCUAGCUAUUAUCGAUGAGCUUGGUCGUGCGACUAGCACAAGGGAUGGGCUAGCAAUUGCUCUCGCCAUGUCUGAAGCCCUAAUCCAGAGCAAUUCCCUUGUGUGGUUUGCAACGCAUUUUCAACAGCUUGCAAAGGUCUUGGGUAGUAGACCCGGGGUUCUAAACCUGCAUCUUGCUACCGAACUUCACGACAUGGAAGGCGAGAGCCCAAAGAUGACAAUGUUGUACAAGAUCACCUCCGGGCCAGUUCAAGAGGAACAUUACGGGCUGAACCUCGCGCGUGCUAUUGGAUUUCCAGAACGAUUCAUUGAAGUUGCAGAAGACGUUUCGAAGACGCUCGCAGAAGAAAUCGAGAGGAAAAAGCAAACUUCGCAAUCCAGGAAACUGCUUCGACGUCGAAAACUAAUCUUGAACCUGCACGAUACUCUUCUUCAAUUGCGAGAAUCGGAGAUGGAUGACGCUGCAUUGGGCAGUUAUCUUAAGAGGCUCCAAGAUGAAUUUGUUUCGAGGAUGGACGAGAUUGAAAACGACACACGAAUUGAAGAAAACGCCCGAACAAUUGAGGAAAUCGAUUAAAUGACGAUAUUUAAGAGUUACCACCCUACGAGGGUUAUUUCGCAUUGUUCUGGCUUUUAAGAUCGAGCUUCGUUCAUGGCUUGUGCUCAUUGUACAUGCUGAGCACUCUUUUAUGCUGUCAAAAUUAGCUCCUCUACAUGUUAAAGUCCUCGCCCGGGUUUGCCCCGCCAAUAUGAUUGGGAUUUGUCUCGUUAUACCAAAAAUAAUAUGAGUCACUUUGAUGUCGUUCCUUGACGCCAGGAUGUC